UCUCCAGCUCCUUCCACAUCUGCAGGCGCGGCCGGGACGCGCUCCGCCCUCUGCGCUCUCCGCUAGGCUCAGCUCGCUCUGCACACACCCGCGAGGCUUCCCCGGUCUCCUGCGGAACCAGGCUGCAGCCGCCCCAGGCGAUCCUGUGCACUCCCCGCUGUGGUUUGUGUCAGUCACACAGAGGAGAGCCACAAGGAGACACACAAGGGACUCCAGGAAGAGGCUUUCAUCCAGUCAUUGCAGGAUGUUCUGGAAGCUCUCGCUGACCUUGCUCCUCGUGGCUGUGCUGGUAAAGGUUGCUGAAGCCCGGAAGAACCGGCCUGCGGGCGCCAUCCCCUCACCAUACAAAGACGGCAGCAGCAACAACUCGGAGAGAUGGCAUCACCAGAUCAAAGAGGUGCUGGCCUCCAGUCAGGAGGCCCUCGUGGUCACCGAGCGCAAGUACCUUAAGAGCGACUGGUGCAAGACGCAGCCGCUGCGGCAGACCGUGAGUGAGGAGGGCUGCCGCAGCCGCACCAUCCUCAACCGCUUCUGCUAUGGCCAGUGCAACUCCUUCUACAUCCCGCGGCACGUGAAGAAGGAGGAGGACUCCUUCCAAUCCUGUGCCUUCUGCAAGCCCCAGCGCGUCACCUCUGUCAUCGUGGAGCUCGAAUGCCCCGGGCUUGACCCACCUUUCCGAAUCAAGAAAAUCCAGAAGGUGAAGCAUUGCCGGUGUAUGUCCGUGAACCUGAGUGACUCUGACAAGCAGUGAAGUCACCAGGGCAAGAUGCAGCUCAACCCUGAGUGCCCUUGCCCCCUGGGUCGCGCCACCGCCACUUCUGUCGAGCUCACUCACACUAUGCCCGGUGUCCCUAUCAGCAGCAAAUGCAUCUCUUAGGGCUAACAGUGCCCUUGUCACAAAUGUGGACCGCAAGUCGAUAUGUCCCAGAUCCACCCCGGGCUAUACUCGUGUCUCCAAAUCCAGGCUGUGGAUCGGGCACAGAAGAUGUUGGAAAACACUCUCAGAAACUAGACCGGACUUUUUAGGCGAUGCACUGUCAAUCGGGGUUUGACGUUUCCACCAUGUGGAAAAGCCAGCCUUUCCCUGGCCACAUCCUACACUCCAGCUCGACCCUCCCUUGGUGAAGAACACCACUACUCUGUCGCAAACUUCCACUUCCGAUGGCCACCAGACCUCUGUGGUGUGGGCAUUCAUUCUUCUGAUCUGGGAGCUUCCGGGCUCUGAGGUUGCUGUGAAGUCGAUAUCCACAAGCUCACCCUCAAGGGGUCUCCAAACAAACCUGAUACCCACAAGGACAAGGCAAGCUUAGUGGAUCAGGAAAUGACUUCCCUCGGAACUGUGCUCAGCAGGCCAGGCCCUCUGCACCUCUAGACACCACCACCAUUUUUCUUGCUCCUUCUAGUCCCCGUCUGUGGACUCAAGAUGAACUCUGGUGCACAUGCUCGUCCCUCUGCCAUUAGCCUGUCCCCACGCAAAAGGUCUCUGUGUUAACGUCAGUUCUAUAAUUGAUCUAUUGUGUAAAAAGCUGUUAAAAGUAUUAUCGACCUAUUCCUGUAUCGACUCACAUGUUUGGACUCUGGCUUUGCAGCACCAUUCUUGAAUAGACAGUAGCACAGGGAGUGAGCUGUAAAAAAGGUAUUUUAUUGAGAAAUACUGCCGGGUCAGCAAUUCACUGCCACACACCUUUUAUCAGAUUGAGCGGGGAGGAGGGACACGUCACGAUUUACAUACACAAGUAUGACAUCACCGAGACACUAAAGCAUUGCAGCAUAGUGUAGAAACUGGGUUAAGACAGAUGGUGUAUACAGGGGAGUCAUUGGGAAGUGGUAACGCUUGAUGCACACACGUGAAAUGAGACCCGGUACUGUCUUCACUGCCAUAACACUAAGCAAAAAAUAUUUUCUAUUAAAAUUCAUUUAAGGAUAUAUGGGAUUGAGACACUUUGUGACACAAGCAGACAUAAAAAGUACACAUAGAGGGUAGUAAUGUAGUUGAACUGUCGCUCAGAAAAUAGCUUCCUUUCCAAAGACUAGACUCCUAAGAAUACCAAGAAACCUGAGGUCACCCUUAGACUUUGUGAUGAGCUGUGGAAGUCUCUGUAGUGUGGCCUUUGAUGAGAGAACAUUGAAAUAAUCUAUUUUCCUCCAACAUUACACUCACGUUCAAUCUCUUUGUGCAACUGUCCCUGUGAAUGACGUGUAUGGAAUCUGACAAAUGUGAAGGAGAAGCCAUUGCUGAGGCUCAGAAUAUGUCAACCUCCUGUGGUUGGCCAAUUCUCAGUGCAAGCUGUUGCCUAAGAGUGGGUUUCCUCGUGUGUGAGAGAGACCAUCCAUUAGCUGCUCUGAGAUUCAGGCUUCUGGACACUCAGUAAUGAUGCUGGCUCUUUAAUUUGCCACCCAGAGAAAAGGAUUGGGGUGAGUGGGGUAGGGUGUUUCAGGUACUCUCUUGCCUGAGUCGGAAUGCACGUUUUCUAGUUUGUUUACUUCUGCAACCCAGUAAACCCUAAGCCCAGCCACUGUGGUUUUGAAGGGAAUAUUAACUUCAGAAAUGAGAGUGCAUAGCCUGAAGUCUGGAGAGAGAGAGACGAGAAUGGAGAAAUUGUAGAGGGCUGGAACCCCUGGGAUGAAGGCAAAAAGAGAAGAGGGCGCCCAAGGUCAGAGCUGCAGUUUUCACUUUGAGUAGAAAACCUCAAGCUAGAGCCAGA